AUGAGCGAUGCCAUGGACGCGGUGUCUGGACUCCUCCAACAUCUCCCGUCUUGUGAACGGUGUCGCAAGAGGCGCGUCCGGUGUCAUCAAUCCCCUUCGGGCUGCUCGAAUUGCCUGUCGUUGAGGAGCGAAUGCGAAAUCUAUGACCAUCACUUGGAACGUCUGGUCGCCACAAAAACUUUGUUUGCCUUGUCGCAACGACUUGAACGUUUGAAUGAUGCACUGAGCGGGACCGAGUUGCCACGUCCAGAUGCAGCAGGCACCGUGGACGAGGAUGAUAAUGCCCAGCUGACUGGCACAAAUAGCCAAAGCCACGACGACUACAGAUGGGAACCGCCACAACCAUCCUGCCGCCCGGCUUUGACCUCAUUUGGCUAUCUAUACGCCAUCUCAGAUCUCGUCCAGCAAAAGGAUGAAACGAUCAAGCAUCUCGAGCGAACACCAACAACAACCACGGCAUCUUCUCAGCUUGGGGUUGGUAUAGCAAUCGACACAUCAAGAUGGGCACCACCCCAAGGUCUCCCCUUCUCCAGAGCCACGGCGCAAUACCUUUUAGAUAUUUACUACGAGAAUGUCGAGUUGAUCUUACCAGUCUUUGGCCACUCUAUGCGAUCGCACGAGGCCAUCAACAUCCUUGACGACUUGACUUUGAACAGGCCUCGAUUAGUAGAAACAUCUGGGUCACACCUAUGCGUUCAACUGUCUAUGGCUAUAGCACUUGUCCUGUGUGCAUCUUCUCCCACCUUGAAUCUGUGUGAAGAUGCCCGGACCCAACUGCAGGCGCAUUCGUUCUUGCACUGGGCCGGGGAGAUCCUAGACACGACCAUGAUCUAUGUCAAGAAAUUCAUUGAGAUCAAUCAUGUCCCCGACGCCGACGAGGAGGUCUCCGAAACCGCGCUACGCACUGCUCUCGAGACCGUCCGGCUGCUUCUAUUACUCGUCAUCUAUGGGCUUUUUAUGCCACAAAAAGCUAAUUCACGACAAAUCCUUGGUUUUGCUGACAGAAUCCUCGUUGGACACUACGAGGCUGUGCGUGGAUCAGCAAUUGAGGUUCAUCCCGAGUUUCUACCCCCGGGCACUAGCCUCGAGCUUUCUUUGGAGGUCAACCGGAUAUUCGGGACAUUCGUCGUGUUGGAACGGCUAGUGGCAAUGUCAGAAGGCUUGCCCUUCAGCAAACACUCGUUUGGCGAGCAGGAGCUGUACGCUGUUUCCGACAGCCAACAUGGACGAAAUGGCGGGAUAACAACCAGACAGACGACGCCUGCUGCCUUGUUCGGACGCCUCGUUGAUAUCAAGGGAACAGUGCACAAAGAGUGCUUGAGCCUGAUGCUGCUCUCGUCUCGUGACUCUCAAUUGCAAAGCAAUGCUGAUGGGCAGUCCGAGGUCAGUAGGCUUCUCUCGUCCACGGAAGCGCAGGUGAAAGCGUGGCGGGACCAGUGGACCCGAACCGCCCGUUUGGUUUCGGCACAAAGUAACAACAACUCGAUGAGUGAUGCAUCGACAGGUCGGAGUCCUCAUCUGGAAUGGCUCCUCCUCUACGGCCAGACCCUCGGAGAUGAAGCGCUUCUUUUUGCUUUUCGAUCUUGCUUCUCCGUGGCCCACGCCAUGUCGUCACCGCACACAGGCCGGCCAAAUUCAUCAACCGAUCAGAUGUCGUUCUCCAUGCCAACGCGAGCUACUCCCACCCUUCGGCCAUCAGGACUAGACGGCAUGACUGGAUUUGCGACCAACUGCGUAAAUUCUCUUUCGAGAAGCUACGCCGACUUGCUGCUCACGGCACGAUACCGGCAUGAUCCCACAGAGACUGGACCCCAAAUACCUCUUCUGUAUCACUGCACGUGGCCGUGGUCGCUGCAGGUCUUUGACUUGGCCAUAACAGAGACCUGGCUUGGCAAAUUUGCCAACACCUCUACCGCUGGUGUGCCAUUCAGUGCAAGCGUAACCUCCGACGAUCCCACAAGCACACGCGCCUCAAGCGAGAUCGUACGUGGAACGAGCUCGAAUACGCCAACCGAUGCUCCGUGGAUCUCGACAGUAGAUCUCUGUGUCCGAUUGCUCCUGGCAUGCGGACAGGCCAAUCCUUCGAGUGCGCGUACCUUGAACGAAGCCAUUUUUGCCCUACAGCGUUCAGGGCCAGGCGCCUCAUCUCUUUCAGAAUGAAAUCCCAACUCCAGAGUCUAAACUCUGGGAAUGGUACUUGAUUACAACAACCACAUGCUGGAAUAUUCGCCAAGCUCGCCUUCAAGCAGAUCUUGCGGGCUUUCAGAGGCCCCGGCAAUGAAUGCAUUCGUCCAGUCAAAUAUGUUCACAGACCCUGACGAAGCCACGGUUGGUGCGAAAGGAAUCGGUCCAUCGUCACCGGUCAAUCGUCCCUCUGGACCGGGAGAAGUCUCAAGGCG